CGAUCUUGUCCUGGCGGAGUCGGGUGCUUCAGAGACCUGACUGCCGUACUACCUUGUAUAAGAUUUGCGACCAUUCCGUCUUCUUCGGGAUGCCAAAUCACCACUUUGCAUCCAAUUUACAUCGUUGAUAAUUGAGCACCUUGCAAGCUUUGUAUUAUGGCUACCGAAAUCACUCCCGACGGACGCGUGAUCGCUCCUCUGAAUAUCACAAAGCCUGCCCCACUUCUCGGCCUCAGAGGAUUCCAAUGGGGCCCUGUGGUAGAAUUGAACCGCGGCCCGCAGCCCCUCCCUUUCGGGAGGGACGACCAACUUAAAGUGACAGGCGACGGGCCGAAUGACAACAAGCUGAUUCUGAAUCUCACGACGGAGCAAUGGACCUUUGGACCGACGCUUGGCAAGAUACCCAAUCGCGGAUUCGGCGAACAGGAGGACAUCUUCCUCGGCGGCUUGCCAUAUCUUCAGACCGUUCAGAACGUCACAAACGUCGACAGUGGAAAAGGCGACAAGGUCAAGGAUAUCAAUGAAGCCGACGGCAUACAUCUCGAACCUGGCGUAUGGCUCACCGUUCCUGCGGCCAAAACCUUCCACGAAGGGGAAGCCCUGGAACGGGGUAGCGUAGUCCGCAUGGCGUCCAUCCCCCACGGCACAACAAUCAACGCACAGGGGCUGAUCCCAAAGCCCAACUUGAGCGCCGAUACCCCUCUCGGAGGAGUCAAAAUGGGCCCCGUAUUUGGUGUGCUUGACACCACACCAUUCAAAAUCGGGAACCCCAAGAGCAGGGUUCGCGAUGUCUUUCACUCGAUGACCGCAGAUAGACCCAACGAGCUCAGGAGCCCAAAGAAUCUCAGCAAGUUCAUCGCCGCAAAUACCAUCACGACGGACAUCAUCGAGAACCCCAACCUCGUCCUCGCCAAAGCAAUCGAGAACCAGGACAUCCGGGAGACCAUCGUCUUCGAAGUCGCCACGGGCCAUCCCACCGCGCCGCUGAACGGCGGCGGGAUAGCCAACAUCUCGUUCCUCGCCGGCAAGCAGGAACAAGUCGACGGCAGAAUCACCGCGCAAGCCCCAGGCCCCAAGGACCGCCCCAACGCCCACGCCGAAUCCAUGACCAACAAUUGGUGGAUCGAGACGGUCAUGUACGACGUCACCGUCCCCCCGAUGCGAGGUGGCGCCACCGUGCUGCUGAAGCCGACUAUGCCCAAGAACAAGGACGGGAACGAGUCGACCGCGCCCACGCCCGAAUUCGCCAUCACGGCGCCGCCUGGGGGCGUCAAGGAGACGAAGACGAUAAAGGUCCCGGGCAUCCAGAUCCAGUACUCACAGACGGUGAAUUUGAACUUUGGGCCGAAGAAUAACGUCUUGACGUGGCCGCAUGUGAGUGUCGCGACGCUGGUGCCGACGGCACCGCAGCCUUUCCAGAUGCGGGCUUGAGAGAAUAGAACGUCAGCUAAGGUGCCUGCGUUCGCUUUGUUUUGUGGUGGGUCUUUAACACACGCAUGAGCCGUAUGUACAGAAUCGUCGUCCCGAGGGUUAUAAAGGGCUACCUUUAGAGGGGGGGGGUUCAGGGCUUGAGAGGUCAGAGGGACUUGCAGGCCCGAGAAGGCAGUUUAGCCACACACACACACACACACACACACACACACACACAC